CUUUUUUCUCUCCUUACAGAUGCUGAGAUUUUCCAGCAUUUUCUCAGAUUUGAAUAGAAAUGUGUGUAUAGACACUGUCCAAACCAAGAUUUUAGUAACAGCCAUUUUGGACAUUAUACAGCAGGGCACUUGUGCUUUUGAAUUGCAACCCAAAAUAAGCUAUUACUAUUGCAUGAGGUGGGGCAAAGGGAAACUGAGAAGAUCAGGCAAAAACCCUUAAUUACACAAUAGUGAUCAUUAUAAUUCUCAAGGACAGUAUUAUAUUCAUCCUGCACUCAUUAACUAUUGCAGUGGAAUACAGUUCUUGGCACAGGUAUGUAAUCUUUAUGCAUGAGUUUUGUGGAGAAUGGCAUAUUUCGAUAUUCAAUUGAUCAUUGCCAGUUGCGCCAGGGAUAGUAGAAAACCAUCAAAAGCAGAAAUCCUGGUUGUUUCCCCUGACCCCACCAAUCCUUUUCUAGAUUGGGUCAUUACGGCAGAUUGGAGGUCAGCUCGCUGAACACACCAAGGUUUGUAAAUCAAAUGUCUUAACAGUUGCGGAAGAGUUCCUAUUUUAUGAAACUUUUGGACAAACAGUAAUGUUUAAAAUACAUUUCAAACCCCCCGAAAGGGUAUUUGCUUUGUUUGUGCUCAACGUCAACAGGAACUGCCUGUCCCUUUCAAGGCCUUGCAGAAGGUUUGUUUUCCCCCUCACUACAUGAUCUUUGCAAUCUUUCAUGUGUUGUUCGAUAGUGCAGGGCAGUUGGACUUCGGUCUGUUCCGGAUUAGCCGAGACCUGGCCCGUCAUGUCAGCCUUUAACACGCCGGUGACUUUUUAAUUCGACCCCGAAAGAGUUAAGUUUUAUUGACAAGGCGAGCAAGGGCCUUGCGCAUGCGCAGACACGCCGCCGGCGGUAGAAGCGGCAGAGUCUCGGCGAGUGAACAAGCAUCGCGCUCGCAGGGCGUUGCUGUCACAAUUGCCCUGACAGAUUUAACGGGAAGCCGAUAUCCCUCCUUAGAUGAGAAUGAGAUCUGAUGUGCUCGGGACUCCAUAGAUGGCUCUCGUAACGGUCCAGCGGUCUCCGACACCCAGCACCACCUCAAGCCCCUGUGUUUCGGAGGCUGACAGUGGAGAAGAAGAACGUAGAUCCCAACCACGCAGCAUUAAUGAGAGUUUCCUGACUGUCAAAGGAGCUGCCCUAUUCUUGCCUCGAGGUAAUGGCUCAACUGCACCCAGAAUCAAUCACCAACGCAAUAAACAUGCAGGAGACCUUCAACAGCACCUACAAGCGAUGUUCACUCUACUUAGACCUGAAGACAACAUUAGAUUGGCUGUACGGUUGGAAAGUGCAUACCUGGAACUGACGCGGUACAUGGUGGUAGUUUCCACCAAUGGUAGACAAGAUACAGAGGAAAGUAUUGUUUUGGGAAUGGAUUUCUUCAAGGAUAGCAGUACUUGCACAAUGGGCCUAGUUCUUCCCUUAUGGAGUGACACACUGAUCCAUUUGGAUGGCGAUGGGGGAUUCAGUGUGUCAACAGUGAACAGAAUUCACAUCUUUAAACCUGUGUCUGUACAAGCAAUGUGGUCAGCUUUGCAAAGUUUGCAUAAAGCCUGUGAGAUUGCCAGGACGCACAACUACUACCCUGGGAGUCUUUAUUUAACAUGGAUCAGUUAUUAUGAGAGCCGUAUCAAUUCUAACCAGGCCUUCAUUAAUGAGUGGAAUGCUAUGCAGGAUGUGCAGUCUCAUCGCUCUGAUUCACCUGUCCUCUUUACUGAUGUACCAACAGAACGAGAACGGACAGAAAGACUAAUCAAGACAAAACUUCGGGAGGUAAUGAUGCAGAUGGAUUUGGAGAAUGUCACAUCCAAAGAGAUUCGCACAGAAUUGGAGAUGCAAAUGGUCUGUAACUUGCGAGAAUUUAAAGAGUACAUUGAUAAUGAAAUGAUCGUAAUCUUGAGACAGAUGGACAACCCGACUGAAAUAUUUGAGCAUGUUUACCUGGGCUCGGAAUGGAAUGCAUCCAAUUUGGAAGAUUUGCAGAGCCGAGGGAUUCGGUACAUCUUGAACAUCACCCGUGAAAUUGACAACUUCUUCCCAGGGAUGUUUGAGUACCAUAAUAUCAGGGUAUAUGAUGAGGAGGCCACCGAUCUACUUGCAUAUUGGAAUGAUACGUACAAAUUUAUCUCAAAGGCAAAAAAAAAUGGUUCCAAAUGUCUUGUUCACUGUAAAAUGGGCAUCAGCAGGUCCGCGUCCACAGUGAUUGCAUAUGCAAUGAAGGAAUAUGGCUGGAAUUUGGAAAAAGCUUACAGUUAUGUGAAGGAGAAGCGGACAGUUACAAAACCUAAUGUGAGCUUCAUGAGACAACUGGAAGAAUACCAGGGUAUCUUGCUUGCUAGCAAGCAGCGGCACAAUAAACUGUGGCGAUCACAUUCAGAUAGCGACCUUUCAGAUCACCGUGAGCGUAUUAGUAAAUCUACAGUUGACUUAAACAGAAGGGACAGUACUUCCACGACAGAAAUGCCAACUGAUCUACUUACUGAGCAUCUGUGUCAGUCCCAGUUCUCAAAUGUCCUAGAAUCGAGUUUGUCUGGAGUCCAAGAAGGAAAAAAUGAGUUAGAUUUUGGAAUUGAUACAGAAUAUGAAAUAUCUUUAAAACAUAACCCCGAUGAGUUGAACACAAACAUCUCUUCUGCAGCGCUGUCAGGACUGGAGGUCACUGAUAGUAUCACCACGAGGUUACUAGCAGGUUCCAGCUCAGAUAUUCUCCCUCUCCAAGACUCCCAAUCUGACAAAUCACCAGAGGUCUUGUCACAGAAUGGACUUUCUCCUUCACCUAACCAUUCCAUGGUGUUGACUGAUUUGGAAGCAGGUGAAUCAGAGAAAGAUGUUAAUUUAAAACCGAAUAAUAUUUCAGUACCAUUGCUUGAAACUGCACCUCUGCCAGAGGAUCGUAAAGCCUCACCGGAACUAACUUGCUCUGUCUCACCAUCAAAUGUAAACGCUGAAAUUUGCAGUUUAAGUACCGAUCGAAUUGACUUCUUCAGUGCCAGAGAAAAAUUCAUUGAGCUUUCGCAGGAGAAUGGGGCUCGAGCCCAAUCACACUUAAAAACAGAGGAGUUUGGUGGCGGGAAGUAUUGUGCCACAAAAGUGGCUGCACAGGAAACCCUCGAGAAAGAACAGAUUGCAAAUGGUCAGGGGGACACUUCGUUGGAUAACCCGGCUCACAUAAAAGAUAAAUGUGUAGAUGAUGAUGUAAAAUCUAAUAAGGAAAAUCUAGUACCAAAAUUGUUCCACAAGAAGUCUUCCUUAACAAGAUCACAGUCUUUAAAUGUCAUUUCUGUGAAAGAAAUAGUGACAGGAAUAGAGUCCAACCAGAGUUCUGGCGUGUGCCAAAGCAAAAUGGAAAGUGUUGCCAAUAACCAGAUCCAAACACCAAAGAGGAACACAGUUCAUGAGCUACCAGCAGAUUUCCAUUGGCUUUCUGAAAGCAACACCACUGCAAAAAAACUUUGCAAAAAUGAUUCUUUAGUUGCUGAAAGCGACUCUCAAAAUGUCACUGACUUGUCCGAAGCUAAAGACGAUGUAUGUCAUGACAUGCAUUUAACAGCCAAGACCUAUGAAGAAUGCCAGGAGACAGUCAUUAAAGAGUCUGCACAGGAUGGAAGGAUUCAUCCAAAACAGGUGCCAAAGUGGUGUCCUGGCUCAGUAAAACGUGCAACACAGGAGUUUGAAGAACGAUUAAAACAAGGGCAAGAACAUCAAUCAUUGGUAACAUUGCCAAUCCGUAAAAAUUCCAGAAUUGAUGGAGCUGUGGCUAGUGAAUUUGUGGUGACAAAUAAGAGUGAAGCUAUUGUUCCUGAGUUAUCUUUGUUCAAGGGUAAAAGAAAAGAAAGCACUGAUGAUGACCCAAAUUUAUUACUUGAGCUUAGUGUAUCUCAGAAUCAAGAAUUGGUCUCAGACUUGCAGUCACAAAUAAUAGAACAUCCAUUAGAAUCAAGACUGGAAUUGGAACAAGCUGAACCUGGCUCCUUGAGCACUCUGGAACUUGAGAAAAUCCACUCCAAGGAACUGGAUUCAUAUACCCAACUUCCAAAGAAAGUUGAAAUAAUUGAGUACACCCAUGUAUUUAAACCACCAUCUCAAGAAGACAGUGAUAUAUGCUCGACAGGAGAAGAGAACAUCGUUGAAGUUGAAUCUCUGGGAAAGGAAAAUAUGGCCACAGUACAAUCUGCAGAUGAUCUAAAAAAUAUAGAAGUAAAAACCACCGAAUUUCCAUGUCAGUCACCACUAUUAUCAUCUUUGGAUACUGAGAGUUUGACUGAAACUGACAACAAAGAAGUUGAAGAAAUGACCUUUGAAUCUGGUAGUCCUCCAGGUGAUGCAGUUGACAGCUUCUCUGACUAUGAAAUUGCUUUAUUUGUUAGUGGUGCAACCCACUUACCAUUAAAGGGCUUAGAGAAUCAAACACAUGUACUUCACCUGGAAGGCAUCACGGAGUCCAGUACCGAUACUGAUGCAGAGAUUCUUGAUAAGGAAUAUUCAGGGCUUCAGGAAGUUGACACAAAAAUUGCAUCUUUGAAAAGAGAUGAUGGAUGCAUUACUCUGAGUCACGAGGAUUUAAAGUUGAGUUUCAGCAGAUUCGAUGAAAGUGUCAGGGAAAUGCAAGAGAUGUCGAGAUUUGAAAAAUGUACCCGUGAUCUCAGCCAUAGCUCCAGCAAUGACAGUACAGGAUAUCCAAGUUGUACAUUGGGGAUGAGUAAGCAACAGUCAAAAGAAAUUGAAGCUAAAAUAAGGCAAGCAGGUCUCACAACUCCAUCACAGAUUAAACGUUCAGCAUCCAUUGCUAAGCUGGGUUACCUGGAGCUUUCAAGGAAUGAUUUAUUUAAAAAGGGGUUGGAUAGUUCUAAAACUUACCAAGCGUUUCUUGACUCUAUCCAGCGUACACCAUGGACAGCGCAAAGUACAAGUGAAUAUAGAACUGAAUGUGCUGUGAAAGAUGAGCCCAGUAAAAAGAAAUGUGUUUCCAUUUCUCUUUUCCAAGAUCCUCAAUCCACAGUAUGUUUUGCAGAACAACUUAAAGCAUCAGAAAGUAUUGCACAAAGCAAGCCUGUGGGGAAGCCCUUAAUACAAUAUGCCAAAGCAGUUGAAUCAACCCAAGAGUGUCCACUGGCAAGUACAGAAGAGAACCUUCCACAGAUAAAAUCUUCCUUCCGUUAUGACACCGAUGCACCCUGUCCUACCCCACUGAUGGCUGUAGCACCUCGACAGUACCAUCAUAGAAAUCAUUCAUUAAAGCGAUUAAAAGUAGUUAAUGAUAGAAAACGCACAACCAAUCCUUUAUAUAACACCAUGUGACCCUAAGCCCAAAAGCUAUGCUUCCUUAUGAGAGGCAAGUGUUUUUCAAUAGAACAAGCACUUUACAAUUUGUUUUCUAUAUAUUGUUAAAAGUGGAUUUUUUUUAUUGAUUGCAUGCUGACAUUGGGCUUCUUUAGUUUGUUCUUUCUUGCUUUCUUUAUUCCCAUAAUUGGUUUUGACUUAACAUUGUGUGAAACUAAACCCUUCAACCAUAAGAUCUUAUUUAAAAGAGCACACCAGCUACUAUGGAGCAAGCUUACAAUUAAAUUAACCAGUCUGUUGUUUAACAUACCUCUAAAUUGAAAUCAGGGAAAACCAGCUCUUUGUCAUGAAUUCUGUACUAUAUUUACAAAUGUCAUUGUCACCUUUUACUUAUUUAAUAACAAACGUUCCUAUCAUACAUUACAUCCUUAAUCUAAGCUUCCUGCUGAGAGAAACUAUUGACAUUACGAAUUUCUUCCCCCUAUUGUGUAGACUUGCAAAAUAGCUGUUAAGCCUUUGGGGUAUAUUCUGUGUUAUAGUAAAACACCGUGUGCAAAAUAAUUCAGAUGUGCACUAUUCCUUAACCACCCUCAAGCUUACUUAAGAUCACCUGUCUUUGCAGGGCUAUAUCGACUGCUGGCUGCAAAAUUUUUGACCUCUUGAAUUUCUGUAAUAUUCCAUCACUGAAAUGGCUUUACAUGUUAUUUUGUUAGUUUGUGUGUUCCUUUCAAGAUCCUAGAUUCAGGAUUAUACUUGAAUUAUUACUUGAACACUGCAGUGAGCUUUUGAUAAAACCUUCCAUAUCCAUUCACAGGGGAAUCCUUAUAAUAACUUUCUCUGCCUUUUCUUUAUUAUUCCUGUGUAUUCUACCCCUAAAGUGCCAUCUGUUGGUCCCAUUGCAAGGACUUAAAUUCAUCCUUAACCUUAAUAGAGAUUCAUUUUUGAAUGUGACUUCUCCUUUUAAAGAAAGAAAACAAUUUUUAGUUUUCUAAAUUGCUAGUCUGAAUGUGUUUAUUUUGUUGAAUGGGUGAAUCUAAAUUUACUAUCUUCAUUCAUACCACAUAUAAUGUUCAAUAUUUUCCCCUGCCUGGGAGUGUAUUUGAUAAGGCAAACAAUUCUUUUAAACUGGAACUCUUAAUUGCAAUAUGUCAUUUAUAACUUCAGUUGCUUUACAGCUGUAAGAAUGUCAGCAUUUUCCUUGGAUGACUACACAUUCAUUCUGCUAGGAAUAAUUCAAUACAGCUCCAUCUGAUUAGAACUGUGAUACCUAGGCUAGAAUUUAUACUGGAGACUUGUGGAAAUAACUUGAAGAUAUCAGUAAUAUUCUUGUGAUGAUGACUUUCUCCCAUGUACAUAAAUUGUCAAUGUUUUCCUGCAUUUUCAUCUAGUCCUUUUGGUGUUCUGUACCACCUAAAGGUUGCACAGUUAUACUUUGUGUAAUAAAAGCUGUAAGCACUGUUCAUAUUCUGUACAUUAAAACACUUAUCUGAUUUUAAGCAACAAGCAUGGAACUUUCUCCAGAAUACUGGUUGCAUCUUAUACCCAUUAUUAAUGUGUUCUCAGGUUUAACUGGGAUAUCCUGGAUAAGUUAUCUUUUUUAAUAAACAGAUGCGAUGCAAUUAGCACAACAUACUAAGCAGAAAUAUCAUUUCAGUCGAUUGUACCAAUCUAUCCAUUCGAGAAUUUAGUUUUUGGAAGAGCUAUAUUGUCUAAAACAAGAUAUUUGGAAUGAAUUAACAUGUAUAAAUCAUGGUAAAAGAGCAAAAUAAAAUUUUGGGUUCCAGCUUUAACUAGCAGUAUUUGCUCUGUGUACCAAGAGAGCCACAUUUAUGUUUUUGGAAAACUGCAUAACAUGUUUUUCUUUUUUUUAAAAUUUACUUUUGUUCAUGUUUCUGUUCCCUGAGUACACUGUUGUCCAUAGUUCCCAUUUGGGGGAGUGGGUAAACCACUAUCACUUACACACUUUUGUAAUCAAAAGACUGUUCAAGUAGAAUUGAUUGAUUAUGUCAUUUUUUUUUCCAUCACUGUUUUGCAGUUGCAUUUCAUCUGAGUACUGAACCCUAGCUCAUGUCGUAUCAACCUGUAGCACAUACAGCCAGUUGGGAUAAAUUUGCACAAUCACUUAGACUGAUGGGCAGUUGUUGAGUCAGUUUGGUUCUGACGUCCUUGAUAAAGAUUCUUACCUGUGCUAACCCUAAAUCAUGUAAUUUAUCACUGCUUUCAAAAAAUAGCUAAAUGACAGGGUGUUUGAAAUUUUUACUGUUUUUGUACCAACUGUAAUCCCAACAAGCUCCUAGUACUGCUGUAUAUCCAUAUUUUUGUCUAAUUAUGACUUCCACUGUAAAUUAAAGGAAGAGAUUAGACUGAUAACCAAAUGAAUUUUGCCUGGAACGUGAUGUGAAAUUAGCUGCUAGGAGGACCAGACAGCACAUUGAUGCUCAGAGUCAUGAGUCUGGAGCCUGCUGUUGGAAUUUGUUUUUUAAACCACUGCAGUUCAACAACUUUUAAAGGGCAUUUUUAUAUAUGUUUUUUUAAAUGUGAUUAUUAUAUUGUUUACAUUGUGAAUAUUGAGCUGUACAUUUUCUUAACAUAUAGCUGUACCUUACGUGCUGUUUGCGUGCCGUCUGUUGCCUUGGCAUUCAGUUUUCACAUUUGGUUCAUACAUGUGAAACUGAGUUUUACACCAUUUGUUCAACAAAAUUGUAAAUUAUGUGACUGCAUGUGCUGUGUGCAUACAACUUCAUUUUUAUGUCCCUGUUUUUUGUAAUACAGUAGUAUGAGUACCACAAUACCUAGCUUUUUAACAAAAAUUGGUGGUACAUUUUCUUAAGCCUCAUGUCUGUAGUAAGGAGUAUUUGUUUUGGCGCAAGUCAUGACCAUGACUUCAAAUAAAUCUGAAGAAAAUGUUUAGAAUGAAGAUUUAUUUUGUUCCACAGACUCUGUUGUGCAGACUGUAAUUUUUCACUUCAUUAAGCUUAAAUCAGUUCGGCUCUUCAUGUUGGACUGCCACUCUAUGCUAUUUUUCAUUUAUGGGAUGUUCUCCUGUCCGAUUUAAUUUUUUUAUUGCAAGUGUGCUAAGUUGCUUAAUGUGAAGUAAUGCACUGUUGUAUGAAGUACAAUGUUCUUGUUACAAAAUUAAUAAAUUUUUAUUUUGGAGGA